GCCUACUUAAAGACAAAACACAAGCUGACCGCCGCUGCAUAUAAGCUCAAUUCAUCAGCACCGAGGACAUAUGAAUUCGAGAAUCUCAAGGUUAUUACACACAUCAUCUUUUUAGUACAGUUUUGGAAAUAUUUAUUUUCAAACAGUGCAGUUAUUUGCGCUGCGGUGGCGCUUUCGAUUUUGUUUAUGGUCAUCCAAUAGCGGGAAUGUCUAGGCCCAUUGAUUGGGUUAAUUUUGGAGGUGUGUGCCUUUGAAUAUAUUUGCAAACCAUACACGAUUCUUCCAGAUUUGUGAACUUGUCGUUUGGAGAAAGAUAGAGAAAAGAAUAUCAGCAUUAUUUUCAUGAUUGAGCAAAAAUGAAACUGAGAAAAGAUGCCGACGUUUUGUGGACACCUCGACCCGACAUCCGAACGCAGAUGGACGAGUUUCGAUGCCACGUCAACAAAAAAUUUGCAGUUAAUAUCGAAAACUACCAAGAUCUGUGGCAAUGGUCAGUGGAUAAUACUUCAUUGUUCUGGGGCGAAUUCUGGCACUUUUCUGGUUUAAAGUAUUCUCAGAAGUUUGAAUCUGUUGUAGAUACAAGUGCACCAAUGUCAGAUAUUCCAGAAUGGUUCCCUGGCAGCCGGCUUAAUUAUGCAGAGAAUUUGUUGCAAGGGGAUGAUGAAGAUGUUGCAUUAUACACAGCAGGAGAGAGACGAAGUGUUGAGACAGUUACUUUUCGAGAACUUCGCAAACGUGUUUCCAUUCUUUCAAAUGUCCUCAAGAAAAAGGGAGUGAAAAAGGGCGACAGGGUAGUUGGCUACAUACCUAACUGCAGUUUGGCUGUUGAAGCAAUGCUGGCGGCUGCUAGUUUGGGUGCAGUUUGGAGCUCAACCUCUCCAGAUUUUGGUGUCGCGGGUGUUCUUGACAGAUUUUCACAAAUCAAGCCAAAAGUGAUAUUCUCUGUUGAUGCGGUCAUCUACAACAACAAGAUUCACAACCAUCUUGAGAAGCUAACCAAAGUCAUUGAAGAGCUUCCUGAGCUCGAAGUAGUUGUCGUCGCACCAUACGUUGGAAACAAAGAUGAUAUUGAUAUAUCUGGGAUAAAAAAUAGCAUAUUCUUGCCCGACUUUCUGGCAUUGGCCGAUCCAGUUCCCUUACUUGAGUUUGAACAAUUGCCAUUCAACCACCCCCUGUUUAUCAUGUACUCAUCCGGUACCACGGGACAUCCAAAAUGCAUCGUGCAUUCAGCUGGUGGCACGUUGAUCCAACACCUGAAAGAGCACAAGCUUCAUGGUGAUAUGAAAAGAAAAGACAUAAUGCUAUAUUAUACGACAACAGGCUGGAUGAUGUGGAAUUGGCUGGUGUCUGUUUUAGCAGUUGGAGCAUCGGCUGUUUUGUACGACGGUUCCCCUUUGGUUCCUUCUCCGAAUGUUCUCUGGGAUCUGAUCGAUGAGAUCAGUAUAACUGUUCUUGGAACUGGUGCUAGGUGGCUUGAAGCCUUAUCAGAGAAAAGCGUGACGCCAAUCGAAACACAUAAUGUGGCAUCACUCCGGGCAAUUUUAUCCACUGGGUCGCCACUUCAACCUGAUACAUUUAAAUAUGUUUAUACAAGCAUUAAGAAAGAUCUGCUUUUGGGCUCAAUCACUGGUGGAACGGACAUUAUAUCUUGCUUCGCGGGCAGCAACCCAACUUUGCCGGUAUACAGAGGCGAAAUUCAAAGCAGAAACCUUGGAAUGGCUGUCGAAAGCUGGAGUGAAGAAGGAUCUCCUGUUUUUGAUGAAAGUGGAGAGCUUGUCUGCAAAAAGGCUUUUCCAUGUAUGCCGAUCUAUUUCUGGAACGAUGAAGGCGGUGUGAAGUACAGAAAGGCAUAUUUUAAUAAAUUUCCAGGUGUGUGGGCUCAUGGUGAUUUCUGCCAAGUAAAUUCAUUGACAGGUGGCAUAUUGAUGUUGGGACGAAGCGAUGGCACAUUGAAUCCGAGUGGAGUACGGUUCGGCAGUGCUGAAAUCUACAAUAUAGUGAAUCCAGUACAGUUUCCAGAAAUCACCGAUAGUCUCUGUGUUGGAAAUAACCACAAUGGCAGGGAGAGAGUUGUCUUGUUUUUAAAAAUGGCGGAUCAGCAAUCGUUCAACGAUGAUCUGGUUCGUGAGGUAAAGAAGCGAAUACGCGAAGAGUUGUCAGCCAGACACGUGCCUGAAAUUAUCUUGCCCAUAAGAGACAUCCCGUAUACGACGAGUGGCAAGAAGGUUGAAGUUGCCGUGAAAAGAAUUUUAGCCGGUGAACACAUUGCUCAGAGGGGAUCUCUUAUCAACCCGGACUCAUUAGAUUUUUAUUAUGGGAUUCUCGAAAAUGGGGAGAACGGAAAAUCUGAGAAGUAAGGUUGGGUGUUAUAAUUUUUAUUUUUAUGCUAUUAAAUUAUGUUGUACUUGACAAGUAUUCAAUAUGAAGCUUGAUUGCAGAAUCCUUUUUGUCACAAUGUAUCAAGCUAUAGGCUAUUAGCAUCAAGCUAUAAUGCAACAAGAAUAUUGGGCAACAAGCUAUAGGCUAAUUUCAACCGUAACGAAUCCAAUAAGAACCCGUCUAAAAUGGCCUAAUUGUGACCUGAACAUUUGAGACUGGAAUUUUAUAUCUUAACUAUGGAUAAGAAUCUCAACGGAUUGAAUAGGAUUUAAAAAUUUUCCUAUGAAAUGGUCGGCCAUCUUUCAUCUUCUCUGAUAGAAGAAAUUAUUUCUAGGCCAGAGGAAGACUCGUUUAUUAUUGAUAACAGAAAAUUACAGACCUAAACCAAGAUAAGAUUGUUUCCCUAAAGGUAUCCUUUGAUAAUUAAGUUUAAUAUAUUCCUUUCUUAACUUGAAGUCCCUUUUAGCGUUUCUAAUUCAGUUGCAAAGCGAGGUUUCAUUCAAAUAUAUCUUCAGUGACUCGAUCAAUCUUAUCACUACAACGCAAUUUGCAGAGCCUCGAUCUGGGCCCAGAGACUGCCUCGACCUGGAAGUUGAGAAGCAGCUUACUGUUUUACUUUUUAUAUUCUGUUGCUUGCAGCACUUGAAUAAGCCAUCAUGAAGUUGAAUGUAUAACAAACUUAUGUGGGUUUAACUUCCAAAUUUCUCAAUAGUGCCGAGGCUCUUCAUGUUUACUUACGCCAGCAUAUCUUGCGUACAGUCCUUUGUUUAUUUUUUAGAAGUCUUUAGUCGUGAAUUUUCUUAAAGCUUAAAGGCUUGAUUAUAUAGUAGCUAUAUAUUUUGACAUAUAUAUUCUCUUGAAGAAUUUAUCAGAAAAAUGUUUAGAUAA